AUGGUAAGUUUUGUUUUGCAGGGCCCAUCGAAUGCCUGCGGUGGCGGAAAUGCCGAUGCUAAUCCGUGGAUGCUAGUGAAUGGGAUCCGAAACCCGUUUUCCUAUGAGCCAUGGAGAGGAACGCGGACAUUCGAGUCCAUGUUCGACAUACUGGAGGCCGAUAUUGUUGUGCUGCAGGAGACCAAAAUCCAGCGGAAAGAUCUUCGGGAUGAUAUGGUCUUGGUGCCCGGAUGGGACUGCUACUUCAGCCUUCCCCGAGUCAAGAAAGGCGAGUCGCUCUGCUGCUCGAUUGACCUCAUCCAGCCCUCUAAUCUUGAGCAGGAUACUCGGGAGUGGCGAUUUACACGCGCAAUGCCACAUGUGCACCCAUACGCGCCGAAGAGGGCAUUACGGGGGUUCUCUAUUGGCGGGUAUCCAACAUCGGAACAGCUCACUCGGAUUCCCGUCGGGGGUGACUCUGACAAGUCGCAGGGGGAUGAGAACCCUUCUUCUGACACGAAUAUCGAUGCACCGACCCUUGACUCUGAAGGGCGAUGCGUCAUUCUGGAGUUCCCAGCCUUUGUUUUGAUUGGCGUCUACUGCCCUGCUUACCGAGAUGAAAGCCGUGAUUGCUUCCGCAUGGACUUUCUCAAUGUCCUGGAUACGCGAGUCCGGAAUCUGGAGGGGAUUGACGCUGCGCAUGCAAUGGAGGCCAUUCGCAAAGGUGCUAUGUCCGAAGACGAGUUUGUGACGGGUCCGUCCCGCCGUCUGUUUAAUCACCUCCUGUCUGACGGUGUAGUGGUGGGCGAACGCGACGCAGGCCGGGAACAGCCAGCUCUCCACGAUAUCUGCCGACAAUUUCACCCAGGCCGAGCUGGCAUGUACACCUGCUGGGAUCAGAAACUCAAUGCAAGACCCGGAAAUUACGGUUCACGGAUUGAUUACGUGCUAUGCAGCUUAGAUAUGCGCGACUGGUUCUCUGAGUCCAAUAUUCAAGAGGGACUGAUGGGAUCGGACCACUGUCCAGUCUUCGCCGUCUUCAAAGACACGGUGCCACACGAGGGAAGUCUGGUGCACAUCCAGGACCUCGUGAAUCCGCCCGGGAUGUUCCAGGCCGGCAAGCGUCAGCAUGUAUACACUCCCCAGUGCAUGCUACCAGCCUCUGGGCGUCUACUCGCCGAGUUCGAUGUGGACAAGCGUCGAAGCAUCAAGGACAUGUUCGCUCGCAAGCCCCCGCCUACAAUCUCCCGGUCGGCGUCUUCGGUCAGCGCGUCGGAGAAGCCUCCUCUGGUUCCUGGAACCGAAUCAGCCACCGCAUCCACAUCUUCCACUCCCCAGGAGACCGGGGAUUUUCCUGCAUCCAUCAUACCUGAGAACAAUCAACCCGCCAAAUCCAUUCCUCGCAAGCGCGCUCCACCCGCACCCACUCCAUCGACCAAGCGCUCAAAGUCCGUGGCGGUCGCAUCCUCCGCGGCGUCUACGCCCGGCCAGAAAUCGCUUAAGGGCUUCUUCAAACCCAAGAGCGUUCCCGAGGAGCCCGCCUUGACACCCGUCUCCACCGAAUCCACCACCAUCCUCUCACAAGAUACCACAACCCACUCCCCGAAGAUAUUCACCUCCGCGGAAGUCCCAGCGACGACGGGUGCAUCGCCGCCGCCCGAGUCUCCCGUUGCAGACUCCGCCAGGCUCGACGUGAACCCAGUGAGUCCACCCAACCCGACCGAUAAUAUCAUCGACCCGGUCGCCAGCAAGGAAGACUGGACCAAGCUCUUCACGAAGAAACCCGUGCCGCGGUGCGAUGGGCACCAGGAACCAUGUACCAGCCUCACGACGAAGAAGCCGGGGAUCAAUCGCGGGCGGUCGUUCUGGAUCUGUUCACGGCCGCUUGGGCCCAGCGGCGACAAGGAAAGAGGGACGGAAUGGCGGUGCCCGACAUUCAUCUGGGCCAGUGACUGGAAUUCAUCUGGAGAGUCGUGA